AUGGCCUCAGAGCCAGGUUCGAUUGAUGUGAAGUAUGCAUUUUUGAAUGGAGUGUUGUAUGAAGAGGUGUAUGUGGAUCAACCUCCUGGUUUUAUGGUUAAGAACAAAGAGGAUAGAGUGUAUAGACUCAAGAAGGCAUUAUAUGGACUUAAACAAGCUCCAAGAGCUUGA